AUGGUGCGUUUCGGUUUGAUAUUGAGUAUACUGGGCUCCUCGGCGGCUCUCGUCUCGGCCCACGGUGACAUGGAUAUGGACAUGGAUAUGGACGUGGACGUGGCCACGGCCACGGCCACGUAUGUCCCGUCCACAACAUCCAUUGUGCCCAUGCCGCAUGAGCCAAAACAUUUGCACGGCCUCCCCAUCCUGCAAUCGUCUUCGCUCACCCCCGCGGAAAGGCUGUACUGGGAAAACUACAACACUACCACCUACUUCACCACGCAGGCCGGUGACCGGCCUGCCCUUCGCUACCAUGUUUUCACGCUGCUGCUCGUUGCGUUCGUACUCUAUCCGGUGUCUCUGGCGCUUAGCGCCGCCCGCUCUAGGUGGUAUCUGCCCCUGCUACUCGGCAACCUGUGCGUUUGCGUCUCUUCCGUGAUGGCGCUCUGCGUGUUCCAACGAACUUUCCCAGAGGACGGCGGCGACUGGUACCCACACAACAUCUACGCUACCACCUCUUCGCUUCUUCUGCUUUUCAUGUUUGUCCACUUCCUCGCUGCGGUGCUUUCCGUCCCCGUUCCCUCUGUUCGCAAGAGCGAGUACCGUCCCGUGGACGACGCCAUCCCGCUCGACGACCUCGAGUCCACACCCGUCAUGGUCAACAGCGCACGCGGCUCUCCGAGCCCUUCUUCCAACAGAGAUACGCUGUUUUCGCUCUCUUCGGGCGCCACCACCCACAAACGGGAUCGCACUGGCGGCGAUGAGGACGACACUUCCAACCACAACACACUGCGUGACGAGGACGACAACGGCGAAAUCGCCUCCAUCGAGGCGCCGCCUCUGUCUGCACAAGACAUACCCGUUUUCCGCAUCCUGUUCGCCAGCGCCAAGUACCAGGCGGUCGCCGCCCGGCUCUCGCAUGGCGCGAAUGCGGUCUUCCACAUGCUCACCUACCCGUUGUUCAUGUACAUCUUCGUGGACCUGAUCAUCGGGUAUGCCGUGGGGAACUUGCUCGGCAAGGGCAUCCGCAUCUUCAAUCUCCUGGCCCACUGGAUCAAGGGCGGCGUGUUCUUUACCCUCGGCGUCGUGUCUUUGGCAAGGUACUGCGGCUUCGGCGCCAAGUACGGAUGGGCAUGGAACAGGAUCUGCUUCACCUCGCGUCUCUCGCAGGAACGGUCGUCGAACCUCGUGUUCCGGUUUGCCCCCGUGGGGACCGUCACCAUGGAGUUCAUCGAAUCGUUCCUCAUCUUCUUCUACGGGUCCACCAACGUCUUCUUGGAGCACCUGGCGGGGAGUGGUGGCGCGUGGACCGCCAAGGACCUGCAGCACGUGUCCAUUGCCUUCAUGUUCAUCGGGACUGGGUUGUGUGGACUGCUCACGGAGUACAAGCUCAACCAUUGGCGCUUCGAGCACGCCGGCAAGCUCCCCCAAGCUGAUGUGAUCGCCGCCACGCCGGGCUACUCUCCAAACCCUUUCCCGGCUUUCACCAUAUUUUGGACGGGCAUCCUCAUGUCCCAGCACGCACAGACCUCGCAGUUCUCUACCACGAUCCACACGCAGUGGGGGUACCUACUGUCCUACGGGUCCUUCUUCCGUCUGCUAACGUUCUUGAUCCUUUUUUUGGUGCCCAACACCAACUGCACGCCAUCCAAGCCCUUCACGGAGUUGAUAACGUCGUUCUGUCUGCUUUGCGGUGGUCUCGUGUUCAUGGAGUCCACCGACCAGUCCAUCGAAGCCAUGGAAUACAGGGGAUUCACUCCCAUGUUCACUUUCAACCUUAGCGUUGGAUUUGUCUCGCUGCUCAUGGCGUGGGAGAUGCUUUUAUUUAUUUGGAAGGACCGGCUCAUCAAAACCAGGAAAACCAGUAUUUAG